AUGCCAGAUACAUCCAUACUCUACUCUGCGGCUCCUUAUCAUAUUAUCAGCUAUGGCGUCCUCUUGGGUGCUGAAACCUUCCAGUCCUUCAUCGGCGGAAUCACAGCCUUCAAAGUCCUUCCUCGGCCACAGUUUGCAACUCUGCAAUCAGCUAUUUUCCCCAUCUACUUCUCAAUGCAAGCAGCUCUCCCCGUCAUCUUGGCCUUGACUUUCCCCGCCGAACGAACAGCCAUCGGCAUGACCUCGUCGAGUGUCUCAGGAGUCCUCGACCCCUCGAAUAGACUGCAUGUCUUGACACCACUCUUGACAAUGUUUGUCAGCGGUGUGCUGAACGCGACCUACAUCGGACCUGCGACAACAAAAUGUAUGCGAGAGCGAAAACACCAGGAGACAAGGGACGGAAAAAAGAGCUAUGACCCGCCUCCACAUAGCAAAGAGAUGCAGGCUCUGAACGAGAAAUUUGGCCGACUGCAUGCAGCAUCGUCGCUGGUCAAUAUGUUGGGCUGGGCAGCGACCAUUUGGUAUGGCUUUUACCUUGCCGAAAGAAUAUCUUGA